ACAACGCUACAACAUGUGAGAUGCUCUCAAUUUUUUGUGCGGAUAUAUAAACGUUUUAAAACCAAACGGAGAACCGGAACAUAUUCAGAAAUGUAGGUUACGGAUUUGUAUCACGGCAUAGUCGUUGGGCAACGUAUAGACACGAACUAACCGCCAUCCCCAUCGCAGAAGGCGGAGCCUGUCUGAAUACGGGUGUAAACAAAACAACAGCGCUGCAGCGUGUGAGAUGCGCUCGAGCUUCGUCUGUACGGAAACGAUGGAUGAGUUUUAAAACAAGCGGAGAGCCGGAGCGUGUUAGCCAAACAGGGAGAGCUGACCUUUUGCAGAAUGGGGAACUACUCCAGCAAGGAGCGGCAUGGAUCCCCAGUUACUCCCUCUGACCCAUUCCAGACUCCUCCCACCUCUCCUCUCACACUCAUUUUACCCCCCAAAACACACCCGCUUUCCAGCCCCGCCCACUCGGCCCCCACUCCCACGCCUGAUGGGACGUCCUGCCCCGUGAUUGGCCCAGGAGGCUCUCCAUCAGCAGAAAAAACAGGAGGUGAACACUUGAAGGCCCCUCUGUCUCCCAAAAAGGUCAACAGCCUUCCCAUAAGCCCCUGCAGGCAGAGGAGUCUGGAAGACAGCUGUGUGAGUACUACUGUAGCUCCACCCACUGUGACUCUACCUACUGUAGACCUAGCCACUGUGACUCUACCUACUGUAGCCCCACCCACUGUAGCUCCACCCACAAACAGCAGUGUGUGUGAGGGAGUGGUGGAGCAGGGGCUCCUGCAGGAGUGUGUGGUCGCCCUGGGCAUCAGCAGUACAGAGGAGAGAACACACACACUGACAGAUCUGCUGAGGUGUUUUCUGAUGGAGAGAGAGCAGAUGAAGGAGGAAUUGAGGAGUCUGAAGGAAAAAAUACAGACAGAGCGUAGUGAGUGGCUGCAGUUCCAGUCUGACCUGCAGGUGGCGCUGGUGGUGGCAGACAGACUGAGGGCAGAGGCGGAAGAAGAACUGAGUGGGCUCAGAGAGGCGCGGCUGGACUGGGAGAGGCAGCUGGCCGACGCUCAGCAGGGACAGAGGGAGGUUGAAGGUCACGUGAAGCGGUUAAAGGCGGAGCUGGAGCAGUGCAGACAGAGACUGAGCCAAAAGAAGGAACCUCCAGGCCAGCAGGUGGCACCACCAACUCUCCCCAGAGGGAAAGAAAAGGGUUCAGUUGAAGGAUGUUGGAAGAGUUCUGGAAUUGGAGAGAGAUGGAAGGAAGAAAGAGGGAGAGGAGAGAAAGAGAAAGAGAAAGAGAAAGACAGAGAUAGUACAGAAAGGUCAAGAAGCCUAUCCAGACUUCCCUCAGACCCCCCUACCAGUGUAGUAAAUGGUAUAUCCCAGACAUCUGUACCACUGACCUCAAGAUCUGUCAGUAAGAACAACAACCCAGCCAGAGAGAGACUGAUUUUGGACCAACAGGACAAUCUGAUCAAUUCAUAUAAAGAUAAAAAGGAUGAGACUUUAUCCCAUUUGUCAAGUUCCCCUCUUAUAGAUCUUCCUCCAAACAAGGCCGGCAGGACAAAGCCUCAGGAGGACUUCAGUAAGCUGUUGCGACGUCACGGCGGCUCCAAACGGAACUCAUUACUGCGCUGGUGCCAAAACCGAACCGUUGGAUACUCGAAUAUUGAGAUCACUAACUUCAGCAGCAGUUGGGUGGAUGGUUUGGCCUUCUGUGCAGUUUACCACACCUACCUCCCCUCACACAUACCGUACAACACACUAAGUCCAGAGAACAAGAAAGAAAACCUCCUACUGGCGUUUCAGACUGGAGAGAGUGUUGGAAUCUCUGCCUCACUGGUGAGCUCAUUGGAGGAGAUGUUGAAAGCAGAGGGUCCCGACUGGCAAAGAGUUCUGGGAUACGUGGAGAGUAUAUACCGCCAUUUUGAGAUGUGACUGCUGUAGACUCUCCAGACUGAUUCAGAUCCCACAUUGUUUGCUCUGGACCACUUUCGGACCCCCUAGGAUUGCCAGGCAUGUUACAGACUUCGUCUAGACAGCUCCAAAUGUCUCAGACGGUCACUAAGUCUAUCGCUAGUCCACAUUUUUACCCUCUGCAAACUUUAACCAGUAUUCAGCAUCUUGCAGCCCUCCGCUGCUUUUUCUGAGAAUGGCUCGGAUUUAGCACAGACUGCGGGGGGGCGCUUUCAAGUCUACUUUAAAGGAGGACUUUUAUGCAGAGCAUAUAACGAGGGGAUUCAGGAGUUUCUAAAGCAAACUCGACCCUCAGCUUGGACGAGGAGACUUGUGUUUCUCGUUGCUGUGUGGCGCCCUCUGCUGGUUACAGCGUGAAUGUAUUGUCAUUUUAAAGAAACACUUAAGUCAAAAAUGUUUAUAAUGCAAAAAUAACUGAAAAUGAAUAGCCAUCAGUUAGCAUCAUGCAAAAGAAAUGGUGCUAACUGGUGUCUACUAACUCCCAUUCACUGUUAGCAUCAUUAGCAUGUACUACGGUCAAGGUAUUCCUUUAAGCCUUUUCUCAGUAGGAGAACUUAUACUGAGAUGUAGAGAUCAUUUUAGGCAUUUUUGCAUUUAAGUCGAAGCAGCAAUAGUGCAAUACUGUGCCACCAACUUUUCAGCAUUUCUACCUAAUUAAAUAGUUAAGAUGGCAACAAAGUCAUUCUGAGUGGUUUGAUGUAAAAAUGCUCAGUUGCGGAAAAAUUUACCAACUCAGAAUUAUUCACUCUAGUGGUGAUAGGAACCAGACGUCUGAAGAGUUUAAUGCCUCUAAAAGCUCCCUAACAGAAAAUUAGUACAUGAAAUGGUUAUAAAUACAGCUUCUGAUCCCUGAGACUUUGUUUUACGUUAGUUUAGAAAUAAGGUUUUGGCCUAAAACAUGUAUUUUUUGGUGGAGACGUACAUUUGAGGCAUUAAAGUGCAAAACAGCCUCCAAAGAAAACACGUUUUCCAGAUUGAUCACUAUUUUACCAUCAACAUCAACUUAAGACACGUGUAGGUUCACUGGUGGUUUUGUAUAGUAAAUAAAAUGGCUAUAUUUGUGGUGUGAACAUCGUGAUCCCUGGUUCCCAUCACCACCACUGUAAAGAAAUCUGAGUAAGCUUCACUACAUCGAACCAUUUCUCAUCAGACCACUCUGGAUGACUUUGUUUACAUCUCAACCACUGAAUUAUGCAGAAACUUCAGUGGAAAAAUCAGUGGAGUCCCCCUGUGUUUACUUGCAUUUAUUUUGUUAAUGUAAUAUAAUCAGACAUUUGCACUGUACUGUAAGUCUCAGUGCAUCCCAGGCAUCUGCAGUUUUCUUCACUGGAUUCAGUUCAGUUUUACUGUGGACUGGGAACGGGACUGUUGGUUGUGUGCACCAUGCAUGAAUGAAAAAACACACUAAAUUAUGCCUCGUCUCGUCUCAGCUGUAUUUGAAUUACUCUUCUCUGAAGAGAGGGCCAAAUCUAUUUCUCUGGUGCUGACCAAACUUAAGAUGUCCAAACUCCAGUUCUAGAUGGCCACUGGAGCACAAAGCUUGUCCUCUGCUCUGACCCACCUGAUUCAGCACCUUCAAGUGAUUUUGCAAAUAAUUGCAUAUAAAACAGUUUUCCCCCUUUACCCUGAAUGUAGCUGAUCAGCCAAAAUAUGCUUAAUUUCUAUUUGCUUCUUCACACUGAAAAAGUGUUGCUUUGAAUUUACUUGAUUUAAACAUGUACAUGAGUUCCAUGUGAAUAAAAGACAUUCCAGCAACCAAGUUCCUGCCAAAGGUAAGUACAGUGAGAAGUGCUGAUGUAGCAUAUUUCAUUCAUGUAGAACCAAUGUAGACUUUUAAAUCAAGUUAGUUCAAAGCAGCAUUUUUCAGUGUAGUUUUACACUUGAGCUACGAAGCUAACAUAGCUAACAAGUAAUGGAAACUUAUACCACAUGUAAUUAGCAUCGUGCAAACUGCAUGUCUAAAUCAUCACACUUUUGCCUCAAACUGAGCUGUUUAUGUCACAUAGUUAUAUCAAGUAAUAUCACAAAGACUUAAUUAUGUGGUCUCUGAUACUGUAUGGCAUCCCGUUGUCUAUAAACCUGGACAAUUUCAUUUUUUUUUGUUUUAAAUUGUUUUAAAUUCAUUUUUUGUGAUGUCACAAACCAACACUUUUUACAUACCCAUUCAGUCUACCCCAAGCCAUUCAUGUGAUUUUAUGUGAGUUCAGAGCCAUCAGCCAACUGUGCUUGGAAUUGGACCCAUUUUACCCAUUCACAUACAUGCACACUAGUGAACACACCUGCCCGGAGCGGUGGGCAGCCCUUUCCAUGGCACCCGGGGAGCAUUUGGGGGUUAGGUGCCUUGCUCAAGGGCACUUCUGCCAUGUCCUGUCGGCUCAAGGGAUCGAACCGGUAACCUUUUGGUCACAAGGCUGGUUUCCUAACCUCCAGCCCCCUCUGCCCACACUGAUUUUAUAAGGAGUGUUGCAACCUGGACUGCUUUUUGUAUGAGAUAGCCAAUCACAACAAAGGUGGCACAGAAACAGUCUGUUUAAUUCUAAAGGAUAAAUUGAAGUUGGAAAAAGGUCACGUAGAAAUGAAUAAUGGGUGGGGAGGGAUAAGUAUUUGGAUGUGGGACUGUUAACAACUCACAGUUUGAAGCAAAUGUGAUAGUUUAGGCCUGCAGUUUGUACAAUGCUAAUUGGUUUGAUAUAAGCUUAUAUGACCCAUUAGCAGCUUUGUAGCAAACCUUCAGAUGCCAAUUAUGUCAUGGCUGUUUGAACAUAUUUCAGGUGAGGGGGGAAAAAUUGUGUACAUUUUGUUUGCCGAAAUGCCGCUUUCAGCCUUAUCCGGAUCAGGAGUGGCACUCCAGGACUGUCCUGCUAUGAAUGUUGGUGGGUAAAAGCGCUCCAUCAUGUUCGUACUGUGUGUAUAGUUUUGAUAUCUUUCAGACCUCCAAAGAGGCAUGUGGACAAAUCAAAACAAGAAACACGGAGAGGAGAGAGGAACAGUGGGCUUCAAAAUUCACUACUACUUACUGCUGACCACAUGUGCCAAAAAACGCCAAUAAUCAAAUGCCAAAAAACUGUUUAUUAAUAAAUACAGAAAAGUUACUGUCCAAGUGCCUUUAACAUGAUGUAGGUGAUAAAAUCCCUUGUGCCAAAGUCAAUUAAUAAGAAUAAGAAUAAUAAUAAUAAACAAAUAUUUUCUUUA